GAAGUGAUAAACUUCUCAAUGAUUCUUGAAUUCAGAAGCCACCACAGCGAUGUCACGCCUCCGGUCGUGUAAUGACGAAUCGUUAACGAUUUACGAUCGCGAAUUACUUUUAUUUCCGACCAUAAAUGCGCUGAGGAAGUACGUGAGCGGUUUUUGUACUGUAUCCACAUCCGCCGCUCAUCACGGGGUCACGGAGUGCUGGAACCAGUGAGAGAUUAUCCACAGGACGGACAGCUGUCGGAGGGGACGACAUGUUGAAGUGCAGCCUGUGGGCUUUUCUGCCUCCAGUCUACUCUGCGUUCACUGCUGCUGGACUGUGGGUGGUGUACUUUGUCGCUCUCAGAGAUGGGAAAAUAGCACCUCUGGGUUCAAAAUACCGGUCAAUGAACGGAUCCCUUUACCCUCCCUACAUCAGUGUUGCAGGCAACUUUCCAAAAGCCAGCUGCAUCUUCAGCGAAGUCAUGAACUUGUCUGCGUUUGUGGGGUUCAUUAUCGGCUUCCUCAGAUACCUUCAGCUGAAACCCAAAGUGACAGCAGCUUGGCUGAACGUUGGCAGUCUGCUGGGUUUCUCUGCUGGCUGCUUUGGGAUGACACUCAUAGGAAACUUCCAGCUUUUCACUGACAUGAUUACACACAACAUUGGAGCCUUGCUGACCUUUGGCGUGGGGACGUUGUUCUGCUGGGCGCAGUCCUACAUCACCAUGACAGUUAACAUACAGAACGAGGGGAGGAAGACGGGUAUCGUUCGCUUCCUGCUGUCCGGGUUCAUCACUGUCUGCUUCAUACUGUACAUUUCCCUGCAGCUUCAGCACCUGCACGCACAAGCAGCGCAGAGCCAGUGGGCUCUGGUCAUGUUCUUCCUGCUCUUCAUCAGCACCUUUGCCGUCGAGUUUCGUCACAGCCGCUUUGUCACCGUGUGCACAGAGGACUGUCGGAGUCCGGUGAGCCUGUCAGAGAGCCAGGAAAUGCAGCCGUAGGACUGCGACGCCGUCUCAUGUUUGUCGGCUACGCCGCUCACUUCAUGUUCGAGUCCGGCGUUGUGUAUUUUAUUAUCCGAGUUAUGUAUUAAAAGCAACACCAAAGAACUUUACAAUCCCGUUCGUUGGUAUGCAAAGAAAACCAUAUCGCUGGGUUAAGGCUUCCUUCUUUAACUUAACAGACCUGAUUACUGGGUUAUUUUUGAAGCUUUUUACGUGUUUCAGGUUUGGGAGGUUGUGCGAGUCUGCUGUAUUGAUGACAUGACUUAAGAUAUUUUAAAAACGCGCCUUUUAACUGUACACAAUAACUGUAAAUACAAUACAGAAUGUGUGGA